AUGGGUGUUAUUUUAAGUUGUUGUCGCGGAAAUGAUAAUGAUGAGAAUGAAGGGUUGUUAGCUGGUCAACAAGCUGGGUAUGGUGGUAUCCAAGAUUCAAUUGAAGAAGAUGAUUUGAUAAUGCAGAGGAAAUUACUCGAACAAGAACAAAAAACAAUGGAAAGAAACCAAGAAUUGAAAGAUAUCGUAAUCAACUUAAAUGAUAAACUAAUAGACAUUUCAAUGAUCAGUAAUAGUGGGAUUGUGAUACAAAGUACCGAUUUGGAUCAACUUCAUGAAGAGGGAAAUGAGAAUGUCAUUGUUAAUGAUACGGAAGGAGAAAUACGAGAUAAUAUCGAAGGACAAAAAACGGAACCAACAUCACAUUUGAAAACUUUGGAUACAAAACAGAUGCCUCCUCUAUUAAAAGAUUGUUUAAAAAAGAUCCAUACAAAUAUCUUCGAAGAUUUGAACCAUCAAUUAAAGAUAGAGUCCUCAGAAAGUCUAGUAAUAACAUUGUAA